AUGAAGUCUAGAAGACUACUCCUUGGUUUAUCUCUCGUGCUCCAAGCUGCGAUGGGAGUCGCCAAAGACGACGGAUUAGCCAGGACGCCACCAAUGGGUUGGGUUGGUUUGAGCUUCCUCGUCGAGUUUAAGCACAGCACUUUGACAACUCUCGUACCAAGUUGGAAUUUCUUUGCAUGUGACAUUACCCAGGACACGAUUCUCAAAGCCGCACAAGCCCUCGUCGACACUGGACUUAAAGACCUGGGCUACGAAUAUGUUAUCAUGGACGAUUGCUGGCAUGCUCCUGCGCGUUCUUCGCGCCGACCACACCCUCCGGUCGCAGAUCCUAUCCGCUUCCCCGACGGAAUCAAGGCAUUGGCGGACAAAAUUCACGCACUCGGACUAAAGAUUGGCAUCUACUCGAGCGCAGGCACAAAGACUUGCGCAGGACAAUUCGGCUCAUUGGGGUAUGAAGAGAUCGACGCAAAAACAUAUGCGGAAUGGGGAAUCGAUUAUCUCAAGUAUGACAACUGCUACAAUGAAGGACAAGCUGGCUAUGAUCUCGUGUCCUACAACCGAUAUGCAAAGAUGUCGAGAGCGCUUAGUGAUACAGGACGACCGAUACUUUACAGUUUAUGCAAUUGGGGUGAGGAUCAUACAUGGAAUUGGGCACCGACGAUUGCUCACACCUGGAGAAUGUCUGGAGAUAUUAUGGACUCUUACGAUGCAUAUGACGACCGAUGUCCUUGCGAAUCAAUGAUUGAUUGCAAACUCCCAGGAUUCCACUGUUCGAUGACCCGUAUCCUCGAAUACGCUGCUCCUCUCGUUCAAAAGGCUGGUGCCGGGCAAUGGAAUGACCUGGACAUGCUCGAGGUAGGAAACGGCGGAAUGACCACGGACGAGUAUAAAACGCACUUUGCCAUGUGGGCUGUCAUCAAGAGCCCACUCAUUCUAGGCAAUGACCUCACGAAGAUGGAUGAAGUGACGAAAGCAAUCAUCACUAAUAAAUGGCUCAUCAAAAUCAACCAGGACCGUGUCGCUCUGCCGGUCAAUCGUGUCCGAAAGUCGAUUAUCAAGAACCCACAUGGUGAAGUCACUGGCAACGUCCAAGUCUGGAGUGGUCCCCUGAAGGAUGGAGCUGUCGUUGCCAUUGUGAACACUACCCCCGAGAAGUACAUGAUGCGGUAUCAGCUUGUAGACGUGUAUCCUCAAGCGAAGAAGACCACAUCUAACCGCUACAGUGUUCUCGAUGCAUGGGCGCUGACGAAUCCCUCUCUUGGGAUCGUCGAAGGCAAUUGGGGCCGAUCCCUUGGAGAGUCGUUUGAUGUUACGACGCUCAUUCCUUUGGAAAUUCCUGCGCACGGCGUGAGCGUCCACCUCUGGCAGGUGGGCGAUCCAGACCGCGCCUCCUCUCAACAUGUCUUGCAUGGAGCCGAGCUCUGA